AUGGCGGCCUUCGAUGGAACGUCCUGCCCGGAGGAACACCUGAUGGGCUACAAAAACUUGAUGCUGCUGUAUACCAAUGACCCGUCAUUGCGGUGCAAGUUCUUCCCGACUACUCUUACGGGAGUAGCGCUGACAUGGUAUACCUCCCUUCUAGGAGGAAGUAUACACAACUUUGCCCAACUGGAAGAGAAGUUUCUUGGCCACUUUGUAGCUUCCAGAAGGCAGGAGAAAUCAAACUUCCAUCUACUCAGCAUCUCGCAAUUGGAAGGGGAGUUCAUAUCAUCCUAUCUAAAAAAGUUUCAUGAGGCGGUGCUGGAAGUAACCGAUUUGGAAGAAUCGGUUGCAUUAAACGCCCUGAUCAAAGGAAUGAAGGCCCAACGGUUGAAGUUCCAGUUGGCCCAUUAUCCUAAAAAACGGAGGUCUGAUAAGAAGGACCCCACCGCCAAUCACCCCUCAAGGAACAGAGAGGAACAGCCAUCAAGGAGGGAAAGAAACUACAUGCCGCGUCAUCCGGAACCCCCGUCAGAUAUGGGACCCCCACGACCCCGUCACGUAUACGUCACUGAAGGGGAGUCCAGGACGCAGAAUCUGUUAGAUGGAGGUUCAUCAACCGAAAGGACUACGACGCUAGGAAUGAAGCAGAAAGAAGGCCAUGGAAUCCAAGACGCAGAUCCCCCAAGAGGGAUGAAGCCAGGCGCGAAAGUUCCAACACUCAAGGAACUAUUAACAUGA